AUCUUCUGAAAUUCUCUGAAGCGAGGCGACUCGAAGCUUGAAGAACAGCACAGCGAAUCGACUUCAAAUUAGUUUCAGGUAAAAAUGGUUUCGCUACGAGAACUCACAGAGCAACGAGGUAAUCAGGGCAGAGAAGGAGAGGAGGAAGGGGUUUUAGCCGCGGAACCUAUCACUAUGAUAGUGCCACCGGAGUUGCAGGAUGUGCCGGAAACAGUGGCGUCUGGGAGCAGCGCCAGUUCCCGCACCAGAGACGACAGUGACGACCACAAUAGUGCGCCGUCAAGCAGCUCGUCUACAGAAGAGACACCAAGCCGCGAGGAGGGGGUAGGGGAUGUAGUGGGUACUGUCUCAGGUCGGCCUGUAAUGGAUGGGUGGGAGAGCAGAGCCAUACCGAGCAGGUUGAGCAAUUUGCGAAAGGCGCCGAAGGACAUGCCCGCCGGAUUCAAUUUCAAAGCUGCACUUCACCACGAAGUAGCAGAUUGUGCGCCCUCCAUAAGUGGGUAUAAAAGGCUGGAGGAGAUGGUGAGGGCGUACCACAUCCCCAAGAAUAUAUGGCUGCGGACAGGCGGGCAGAACGAGAGGGCGUGCACUGUGUCGCAAACGGGCUGGAUACCAGUGUACGCGGACCACUUUGACGCUGGCCUGCGAUUUCCCCUGCCCGGAUUCGUGUUCGACCUGCUGGCGGAGUACGAGCUGGCGCUCACGCAGCUAACGCCCAACAGCAUAAGGUUCGUCAUGGGCUUUAUGCUGUUAUGCGCGAGAUUGGGGGUGCCAGCUAAAGCGAUAGUAUUCAGGUCGCUAUUCCAGUGCCGAUUGUGCCCGAAGCCACAAGGAUCGAGAUGGUACUACCUCUCUGGGAGGGAUAAGAGCCAAUUGUUCAAGAAUGUCCGGAACAAAGUGGCGAGAUGGAAGAGGCAGUUCGUAUUUGUUCGCGACACGCGGACAGAGAGGAUAAGCAACGACCUCGCUGCCCGGCUGUCCGAAUGGCGAACCCCGAACGCCCACAUCAAUUACCCCCAACUGCUGCCCCGUGAUGUCGACCUGAAGAACCAGCUGCUUCGGUAUGCGCAAGGGGAGGGUUUGAUAGAUCUAGAGGCCCUGGUUACCUCGGAGCAGCUCGCCGUGUUCGGGUUUGUCGAUAUGACAAACCUGAUCAGCGAAGGUAUAUUUUCAUCUUAUAACAUGGAUUCUAGCCGAGCUGAGGCUUAUACAUUUGUUUGUGCAGGUGAAAUGAGCAGCAUACUAGAGCGUCAACGUCAACGUGCCCAGAGCUCCCGGGGGCGUGGGGCGAGCAGCGCGCAACCCCGGCAAACAAGGUUCGACGAGCGGCCACCCCCAGCGCCUCAACCACGCAGCUCUUCACAACGGGGAUCCAGCUCGUCGUCCAAGCCGCGAGCAGAUAACAGGGCUGAGGCUGCGGCCCCGAGUGCACGAAGACGUGCACGGGAGGGGACAGAGAGCGAGGAGGACGAGGUCCCCCUUGCUAGGCGCGUAAGAAGCGGGGGCACCCAGCCCGCACAGGCGGCUCGCCCUGUGACCCUCGUCAACCCAAUUAGAAUGCGUAGCCAAAACGCGUGUCUUGAGGCCUCGCAAGACGAUUUUAUUGGCGGACUCAGCUUGCCCGUUGGACUGUGGAGUAUAUACGGAUGUCAAUGCGAGCUCAAUGCCAUAGUCGUCACAAAAUGAUCUCAGCGCUGCUGCUCGGAACUGUGGCCCAUUGUCAGCGAUAAUUCGCUUAGGUAUGCCGAACCUGCACACAGAUAGA